UUCAUUUAAAAGGUUCUCUGUCUCCUUGAUCUUUUUUUUGUGGUUCCUUUUUAGUGCUAACAAAUUGUCUACUUUUGUUACCAAUCUUGUCAUCAUUUUGUUUUAUUCUUUUUUGCCAACAAUCAACUAACUCAAUUUAUUAAUCAUGGGUAAGGAAAAGACUCAUAUUAACAUUGUCGUUAUCGGUCACGUCGAUUCUGGUAAAUCAACGACAACCGGACAUUUGAUCUACAAAUGUGGUGGUAUCGAUAAACGAACAAUUGAAAAAUUCGAGAAAGAAGCUGCUGAGAUGGGCAAAGGUUCUUUCAAAUAUGCUUGGGUAUUGGAUAAAUUAAAGGCCGAAAGAGAGCGAGGUAUCACUAUUGAUAUUACCUUAUGGAAAUUCGAGACUCCCAAAUAUUAUGUAACCGUUAUUGAUGCUCCUGGUCACAGAGAUUUCAUCAAGAACAUGAUUACUGGUACUUCUCAAGCUGAUUGUGCUGUAUUGAUUUGUGCUGCUGGUGUGGGUGAAUUUGAAGCUGGUAUCUCGAAGAAUGGUCAAACCCGAGAACAUGCUUUAUUGGCUUAUACUUUGGGUGUGAAACAAAUGAUCAUUGGUGUAAACAAGAUGGACUCAUCUGAGCCAAAAUAUUCUCAAGCUCGAUUUGAGGAAAUCUCAAAGGAAGUGAGUAGUUACAUCAAGAAGAUUGGUUACAAUCCAGUUACUGUACCAUUUGUACCCAUUUCCGGAUGGAAUGGUGACAACAUGAUUGAACCCUCACCAAACAUGCCUUGGUACAAGGGAUGGUCAAUCGAGAAGAAGGGAACCAAAUUGGAAGGUAAAACACUUUUGCAAGCUUUGGAUGCUAUGGAUCCACCUUCACGACCCAGUGACAAGGCACUUCGUCUUCCACUUCAAGAUGUUUACAAAAUUGGUGGUAUUGGUACUGUACCGGUUGGUCGAGUUGAAACUGGUACCAUUAAGCCAGGUAUGAUUGUUACAUUUGCACCGGUUAACUUGACAACUGAAGUAAAAUCAGUUGAGAUGCACCACGAAUCAUUGACUGAAGCUGUUCCCGGUGACAAUGUUGGUUUCAACGUUAAGAACGUUUCGGUUAAAGAAUUGAGACGAGGUUAUGUGGCUGGAGAUUCUAAGAACAAUCCACCUCAAGCAACGGAAGAGUUUGCUGCUCAGGUUAUUGUUCUAAACCAUCCUGGUCAAAUCUCUAAUGGUUACACUCCAGUUUUGGACUGUCACACUGCUCACAUUGCUUGCAAAUUCAAGGAGAUCAAGGAAAAGAUUGACAGACGAAGUGGUAAAAAGUUGGAAGAUAAUCCGAAAUCAAUUAAAUCUGGUGAUGCUGCUAUCGUUGAUUUGGUACCAAGUAAGCCAAUGUGUGUCGAAACAUUCACUGACUUUCCUCCAUUAGGACGUUUUGCUGUUCGUGAUAUGCGACAAACUGUUGCCGUUGGUGUCAUUAAAAGUGUCAAAGCCAAGGAUCUUUCAGCAGGAAAAGUUACCAAAGCCGCUGAAAAGGCAGCCAAGAAGAAAUAACCUCAUGCCUCUGAUUAAAUUUUCUUUUUCUUCAAUUUAAUAUCAAUAAUUACUAAACAAAAAUCAACAUCAACAUUGAAACAAAAAAUAUUAAUACAAAAACAUGAAAAAAAACAUCUAACUCACAAUGCUAAAAUUCAAUCGGAGUCUUAUUGAUUGUAUUGAUCCUUUGGAAUUCAAAUUUUUACGUCAAUUAAAGUUCAUUUUAGACUAA